UAUAAAGGCGUUUUAUGUCUAGCUUCCAUACUUUCAGAAUCCCCCCGCCCUCCACUCAGUCUACAUAACAACUUUCAACCCCAGUUUAACGAACAACUAGUAUAUGCCAGGAAAACACGUACGAUUCGCGAGUAUCUCGACUGCCUAUCCUCCUGCCGUACCGUCUUUAUCUUAUUCCAUUGGGUCUGCACCGUCGUCCUCAGGGCCACAGACUCCCCCAUCGUAUUCUUCAGGCUUACCUUCAACUCGUUAUGGCCCCUCUCGCUCUCAGCACAAACGCUCUCAGUCGUAUCCAGCUCCUACACGGGUACAUAAUCUGCUAGCUUACUCUCACCAUCCGGUCAUAAAUUACGAUGUCAGCCUCCCCACGUCCGCCAUAACGACAUCGCACACAGGCCUUUCUACUACCUCGUUUUCCGAGCCUGCAGUAUACCCUCCCGUAUCAUCACUUGUACUCCAUAUCCCCCACCACAUAUGGCCCAUAACGGUCCAAGCCUCGUACAAUGGUCACUACGUUACCGUGAAUGAUGUGUUCACCGAAGUAUACCAGUCUCUGCGGAAGAACGUCACUUCUGCAGAGUAUCACGCGAUCCCAUCGAAGAAAGACGCCGAGAAAGUUCGGAUGGCUUAUGAGACGCGGUACAGACGUCUUCGCGAUCGCCAUGCGUCCCAGCAUGAGAAACAGCAGGGACUCAAACGGGUGGACUUCUUGACUGGCCACACUCGCUUCAUGGGAUUAGCUACUUCCGGUCAUGGCGGUUCUGGUGCUUGGAUACUUCGCCUCUCGUAAAAGUAUCCGUUCGCUUCCUCCAGGAGCUGGGUGAUGAUUAUUCCAACCCUUCUAACGAGUUUGUUUAUUCUUCUUUAUUUCGAAACGGACGAACUGCCACAGUGGAUCUUAUACCACUCCAACCCACUUGACCAAUUCCCGCAUUGCAUUGUUGGACUUAAUUCGCAUUUGUGCUCACCAUGUUCUCACUUGUAAUUGUAUUCCAUUUUAACGAUAAUUUACGAUACUUAGUCCCUUUUCCUGCGAUCCUUUACUACUGAUAUGCCUUUAUGUCUUCGUAUGUCCAUGAAUAUGUUUGGAAUAUGCCUUAUUAUUUCUCAGUCUAUACUACGUAUUGACUACGUAGGUAAAUGAUCUGUCUUGUUCCUCCUCUGAAUCCAUAGCAAUGCUACUCUCGAUUCAAAAAAAAAUUUGUUGACAUUUAGCUGGCUGCCCGAUUUGA